AUGAAGAACCCUGUGGUUGAGAGAUUCUCCGAAUUUUACGAGAAGUGGAUUUGGAAGCUGGAAGAGAUUCUUCACCAGCUUCUAGAGGUGUCCAAGCAGAGAAACCAUGUGGUGAAGACUGAGCAAGAGUUGCAAGCACUGGUCUCCAAAGUCACCUCCCAUUUGAAGGAAUACUACACUGUGAAAUGGGCUGCCGCACAUGAAGACGUUCUUGUCUUCUUCUCUCCCGUUUGGUUGAGCCCUUUGGAGAAUGCUUACCUCUGGAUCACAGGGUGGAAGCCCUCCAUUGUGUUCAGGCUUCUUGAGACUCUCAAGAAGCCAAGAGAGGAGUGCAACGUAUUUGACAUGAAUGAGGAGCAGCAAAGGAAGACGGAGGAGCUCAGAAUGAGGAUAAGGAUGGAGGAGGAGAAGGUGGAGAGGGAGAUGGAGAGACAGCAAGUGGCCAUGGCUGAUCGCAAGAUUGUGGAGUUGGCUAAGCUUUAUAGCCGAGUAAGGAAUGGUGGUGCUGAUGUUGUGGCGGCAAAUGUUGAUGGGGUUGUAGAAGUGGCCAUGAAGGGUGUUCUUGCAGGUUUGGAGAGGGUCAUGAAGGCUUCUGAUUGUGUCAGACUCAAGACACUCAAAGGGGUGUUGGAUCUGCUUACCCCAAUGCAGUGCGUGGAGUUCCUUGCUGCAAAUAUAGCUAUGCAGCUACGCCUCAGGCAGUGGGGGAAGAAGAGGGACCUCGCUGGGUCCACACUCAAUGUGAAUGACUACAAGUGA